AUGCCGCCGCCUCCACCACCGCUGAUGGACGAGGUCGUCGAAGAGGUCCUGCUCCGGCUCCCACCCGACAGCCCGGCGAGCCUCGUCCGCGCCGGCCUCGUCUGCAAGCGGUGGUUCCACUUCCACCUCGUCUCGGACCCAGGCUUCCGGCGUCGGUUCCUCGACUUCCAUGGUCGAGCACCACCCAUGCUCGGCUUCAUGAUGUACUCUCGUAGCGCCACUCGCUUCGUUCCCAUGUCCGCCUCCGGCGGCCUGCAGCCCCAUGCCAACCUCUCCGGAUUGAAGGCGUGCGACUCGCGCCAUGGCCGCGUCCUCCUCCGCAACACUGGGUCCGAGUGCCACAGCUCCAUCCACAUCGUGGUCUGGAACCCUAUCACCGGCGAGCAGCUGAAACUCCCCGAGCCGCCACGGUGGAAUCCACACGAGUGGACCGCCGCGGUACUCUGUGCCUCCGCCGCCGGUGCGUGCGACCAUCUCAACUGCCAUCGCGGACCCUGCAUCGUGGUCCUUGUGGGCACCGCAUCUUACAAACAUUUUGCUUGCAUCUAUGACUCGGAAGCUGGCGCAUGGAGUGAGCCAACCUUUGCCCCGCACUCCGGUAGCUCCACUAUUGACAGAUCCGUGCGCAGCACCCUUGUGGGGAAUACACUCUACUUCGUGCUCCACGAGUUUGGGAGUAACCAGCGAAAAAUCAGCCCGUAUAAUUACCAGAAUAUCCUCGAGUAUAAUCUGGGCACAAGGAGAAUAGCAGUUGUACAGCUACCUAGAUCGCGCAGCAGCUGGCUAAUACGCGAACCCUUUGGUCCAAUUGAGCUCACAACCAUGGAGGACGACGGUCGCCUAGGAUUCGUAAGAGUGGAGCAUUACUCGUCGCUUUUCCUCUGGUCGAGGGAGGUUGAAGAACCAGCAGGAUGGGUGCUAAGGAAGACCAUUCAGCUCGAUAAUUUGCUCCCUGGCAUCCCAUGGAAAUGGGCUUGCUGGCGUUUUUUAGUUGGCUCUGCGGAAGGUGCUGGUACUGUAUUCCUGACGUUGAAAGAUGAGCUCUUCACGAUUCAUCUAAGGUCUGGCCGGGUGACCAAGGUUUAUACACAUCGGGGCUCAUGUCUCACCGUUCCCUACAUCAAUUUCUGCACUCCGGGUACAAAAGCAUCCAUGACGACCUGA